AUGAUCAAGGAUGUGCGAGUCCCUCUCAAGUCGGGUGGAGCAACUACAUGUCGAGGAUGUCAACAAGAGAAAAUGGUCCAAAAACCAUUUCCAAGCAACCAAGACAAGCGCAGCUGCGAUACGUUUGAGCUACUUCAUCUGGACAUCUGCGGGCACAUGGAAAAGGAUUCGCUCGGUGGCAGCAAAUAUUUGCUGCUGAUCAUCGACGAAGCCAGUGGAUGCAUGAAGGGCUUUUGUCUACGAGUGAAGUCCGAGAGUGAAGACUACAUCCGGAAAUAUAUCACCAUGGUACAGACGCAAUUCUGUAAGAAGGUCAAGUUCGUGCGACACGAUGGAGCUCGCGAGUUUGCAACCAACUCGCUUCAACUGUUCUACGAAGACGAAGGCAUUGAACAGCAGACAACGGUGCCGUAUGCACAUCAAACAAACGGAACAGCAGAGCGUGCCAUUAGGACUAUUGUCACGAUCGGCCGCAGCAUGCUUCAUCAUGCCAAACUGGACAAGUGUUUCUGGGCCGAAGCAGCGAUGACGGCCAUCUACGUCAAGAAUCGACUGCCGUCACCUAAAGUCGUGCACAAGACCCCGUUUGAGAUCGUCUACAACUUGAAACCAAGCGUCAAGCACAUGCGAACAUUCGGGUGUCAGACAUACAUACUGACGCCUAAAGAGAAUCGACUCAAGUGGGAUCCAAAGGCUCGCGCUGGCAUAUUCGUGGGCUACGAAGAAGUUUCGAAAGCAUAUCGUGUUUAUGACAUCGAGGCGGGGCAGGUGGUUAUCAGCCGCGAUGUCAACUUCGACGAGUCCACCUUUGGACUUCAACUGCCGAUCACUAAUGAAGAUGUCGAUGACCUGGACUUCGAAUUGCUGGAUCUUGAUGACGAAGAGCUGCGUCAAAUGGAGUACAAGCAAACAGGCAAGCGCAAGAACCGACUCAAUGAUGAAGAUACAGCAGCUCCACGACCGCGUGCAGUGCGUCAACGACCAGGACUAGAAGAGUCAAGCGUGUUGCAUUGUAGAUCGGAGCGAGGAAAGCGGAGCGAACGGAGCGGAGAGGCCGAAGAGGGUAGAGCAGAAAUAACUUGCCCAAUAGUUGGAAGAUUCGAAAGUGGUUGA